AUUGAAAAGGGUUAAGUCUUUCAUCGAAGAAUUUUUUAAAUGUGAGACUCAAGUAAUUUAAUGGAGAAGUGGAUUUUUUUCAGUUUGAUGUUACAACUAAGCCAGGCCGAGGUUCAUGAAUGUGAGCCUGGACGAAUGGAGCAGAUCUUGAACCGAGGAGAAGGAGAGGAAGGAUGUAAACCUAGACUUACAGUUAUUCGUCUUCCUGAUCCUAAAGAUCAGUUCUCUCAUGUUACUCCCAGUCAUAUUGAGGUUCUACGGUGCAGCGGAUCCUGUCUUCACUCCUAUCAUAACUGUAUACCCAGAGAAACCAGGACUAGGAAAGAGAAGGUUCUUCUCUCUCUCAGAUCCUUGGCAUCCGGACCUGCUGAGAGUACAUGUGGUGAGGUUGAGGUAGAGGAGCAUGUAUCCUGCAGCUGUGGUUGUGAUAUCUCGGAGUUACACUGCACCCAGAGACAACGGUUCCUAGCCUCAGAGUGUAGAUGCGUGUGCGAGGAUACAAGAGAAAGAGAAGAUUGUAUCCAGAAGGGCUGGUAUUGGAACUCAGAUCUUUGUCAUUGUAUGUGUCCAAACCGUCCUUAUCCAACCUGUCCUUCCGGUUACAUAUUCGACCACGAAGAGACCUGUACCUGUCGUGUGUUCUCAUACAGAGCUUUCCCAGUCCUGGAGCUAGUUAUAGUCGUUCUAUCCCUUGGUUCCAUCUGUGCAAUCCUCUCACUAGUACAGUGCUAUAGGAAAGGAUUAGGAUUGUUUAAACACAGACGGGAAACCAGAAUCAGAACUGAAAGUUUCCGGGUCAAGGUUAGAUCCUUAAAUGAACUCCUGGGUAAAUCUGUCCCAGGACGUAGACGGGAAAGUUCUCCUCCCGGAGAAGAGAUGACAAGACUAAAGGUAGAACCUAGUGGACCUGAGAUUAGUUAGUAAAUAGUAGUGAAACCCAAUCCAAAGUGUAGUCUUUACAAAACCAGUAUUAUCACUCAGUUAAUUCUUCUUAGAAGAAUAACCGUAUUUAUUGUGAAGAACGAGGACCCAGUGCUUGUUCUGUUAAAACAUAGAAUUAAAACCACAACAAGCCAGUAUUAGUAUUACUCCUUAAACAAAUUUAAUACUGAAAUCACAGAGCCUGAACCUUUACACAGAAUAUCGGUAUGAAACUGGGAUUCGGAAACCAGACAUUUUUUGGUCGGAAAAAUCCAUUCCAAAUAAUUUUUUCUUCAACAAAGCCAGUUUACACAAAAUAUUUUUUUAUUUUUUUAUAUGAAUUUACGCAAAUAAUUGAACUUUAAAAGAAAACCUGGCGUCAAAAGUUUCGUUUAUUGAUCGUCUCUUAAGUUUCCUGCUCUGGGUGUGUAAUGUUUAUCAGGUGUAUAAAAUGACAAUGUAAACUGUAAAGUGUAUAGAUAUACUAUAAUAGGUUAACUAAAUAAUUUCAAUAUACCAUUUUUUCAAAGAAUAUUAAAGGGACUGUUAGCGCAAUAUCAAAUAUAAUAAAGGGACUGUUAGCGCAAUAUCAAAUA